GCACAUCACUAACACAUGACAGGCCCGGGAGGCUGCUAGCUAGCUAACCAGUGUGCGUUGUGUUGGCAUAUUGUUGACGGAAUCAUGUUUGUAGCGCGCAGUAUCGCAGCGGACCACAAAGAUUUAAUCCACGAUGUGUCUUAUGAUUUUCACGGCCGGAGAAUGGCAACUUGUUCCAGUGACCAAAGUGUCAAGGUUUGGGACAAAAGUGAAAAUGGAGAAUGGCACUGCACGGCGAGCUGGAAGACCCACAGUGGAUCAGUGUGGAGAGUGACCUGGGCUCAUCCAGAAUUCGGGCAGGUUCUGGCCUCCUGCUCGUUCGAUAGAACAGCUGCUGUCUGGGAGGAGAUUGUGGGCGAGUCCAAUGACAAGCAGAGGGGACUGAGCCACUGGAUCAAGAGAACCACACUAGUGGACAGCAGGACUUCGGUGACUGAUGUGAAGUUUGCCCCUAAACACAUGGGUCUGAUGCUGACCACCUGCUCUGCUGAUGGAGUGGUGAGGAUCUACGAGGCUCCUGAUGUGAUGAACCUGAGUCAGUGGUCCCUGCAGCACGAGAUCUCCUGCAAGCUCAGCUGCAGCUGCAUCUCUUGGAACCCCUCCAGCUCUCGCGCCCACCCUCCAAUGUUCGCUGUGGGGAGUGACGACAGCAAUGUAGCCUGCGGUGGAAAAGUUCAGAUCUAUGAGUAUAAUGAAAACACACGGAAAUAUGGUAAAGCAGAGACGCUGAUGACGGUCACUGACGCGGUCCAUGACAUCGCAUUCGCUCCAAACCUGGGACGAUCUUUCCACGUUCUCGCCAUCGCGACAAAAGACGUCAGAAUAUUUAAGCUUGUUCCUAGGAAGGAGAGCUCCUCUUCAGGACCCACCAAGUUCGAGGUGCAGAUCGUGGCUCAGUUUGACAACCAUAACUCUCAGGUUUGGCGUGUGAGCUGGAACAUCACCAGCACCCUGCUGGCCUCCUCCGGGGAUGACGGCUGUGUGCGCCUCUGGAAAGCCAACUACAUGUACAACUGGAAGUGCACGGGCAUCCUGAAGGGAGACGGCAGCCCGCUGACGGGUUUGUCAGGCCAGCCCACGGCCAUGAGCACGGUGGUGGGCUCCUCCGUUCAGACCUCCCAGAAUGCCCUGAACGGGAUGUCUGCAGGAAGCUGCUCACUGACAAACUUCUUGGACUCACACUGACCCAAUGCUGCACUCAUGCAAAGAAAGAGCUUGGCUUCUAGCGCACACAGGUUGUCUGCGUCGAGCCCGUGGAGCCAGAUGUGUUGUUUUAUGAGUUGCUUCCCCUUGAUUUGUACUGAUCCCUGUUAUAUGAGUGAUUUACUUGUGUUUCAGCUUUGCAUUGUCAGUGUAAGGGCUGUUUUCUUAGUGGAAAAAAAGAAAAGAAAAAUAAAUCUGUUUAUAUGAAUUUGAUAUGUGGCUGUUCUUUCGAUUAUCAGAGCUAUUUUUGGAGAUGUGUCAGAAUCAUUGCAUUGCCAGCUAACAUCCUUAUAUUAUACAAAGAUUCAGUCUACAUCAUCCAUGACAAUAUCCAUUAUAAGCCAAGGAUUCAAAUAAAGCUCAGUAAAGUUUC